UCUUUGAAAUGUUUUAAAAUGGCGUUUUCCUGUGGUUAAAGUAAAGGAAACAAAAUGGAAGAAAACUUCCCGAGAGGUGGUAGCUCUAAAAGAGUUAAAAAAGACUCUGCACCUGUUAAAGUAGAUGAUGAAGACCUUUUCCAUUCAGAAGAAUCUGCAACACCAAAUAAGAAACGAAAGAAAGAAUUUGGAAAGGAAAAUGUUGCUAAGAAAGUGAAAGUGACCCCUAAGAAUGAUAUAUCUGAGAAAAUUGUAGAAAGAACAUGUGCCUUGAAGAAAAAUAUGGUGAGCAAUGGGAUGCUGUUGAUGGGGAGUGUGACUAAAGUAGAAGACUAUUCCUUGUGUGUGGGACUUCCCAAUGGCUUGUCGGGCUCUGUCCAAAUCACUCACAUCUCUGAUGCUUACACACAGCUUCUCCAAAAACUGACAGAGGCCUCUUCUAGUGAAUCUGCAAAUGCGCUGGAUGUCCCCAGUCUUCACGAAAUGUUCCGUGUUGGUCAGUUACUGCCGUGCAGGGUGUUUGAGACGUCCGCUUUUAAGAAAAAGCAUAAUUUCAAACUGACCAUCAAUCCAAGGGAGAUCAAUGAGGGUAUGGUGGCCAGUCACAUCAAGAAUGGUAUGGUACUGAAUGGCUGUAUACAGAGUCUGGAAGAUCAUGGUUAUGUGGUGGAUAUUGGUAUCAGUGGAACCCGAGCCUUUCUUAACCACUCAGAUGCUGAGAAGUUCAACAAUGGUGAAUCUCUCCAUGUUGGUGAAGCGGUUCGCUGCUUAGUGACCACUGAAGGUGAUGGGUCGGAGGAUGUUGGAGAGAGUCUACGAGUAGUCAAGGUCUCUAUAGACCCCAAAAAAGUGUCCAAAUCACAGCUGGGAAGCUCAGUGAGACUACCAUUAACAUGGAACACUAAGUUUUCCCUUUCGCUCUACCUCCCGGGUUUUGCUUUCCGGGUUGCACGGAAAAUCUUUGGGCCCUCACUCCAGCGUGGGUAUCCUUACGAAUGCAACUGUGCCCAAAGUGGACUCAUGUUGGAGUUUUUUUUUCCUGGCGAUGGCAAAAAGCUUUCUGUGAUGUACUGUAAACAGAUCCACGAAAAGGGUGUCCGUGAAAUCACCAAUGCUGCUGGCUUCAUCCCAAAUCUCCCUUGCUGA